GCAAUAUGUGGCGGCUGGGAAGCACCAGCCUCCUCCGGGCCGCCUCGCGACUCGAAGCCCGCCACAUGAGCGAAGGGCCACGGUGGUGGAACCAGGCCGCCGCGGCGACCCUCUGGAGAGCCGCCGCAGUUUCCUCCCUCCCUCCUGGCCAGGCGGAUUCUCAUUUGCAUUCUUUAGAACAUGCUCUGAUGGUGAGAACCAAGAGUGUGCCAUUUAUAUGUGUAAGAAACUCAGGAACUCUUAUGAACAAGAGCACAUUAGAUGAAACAACAUAUGAAAAGCUUGCUGAAGAGACACUGGAAUCAUUAACGGAUUUCUUUGAGGACCUGGCAGACAAGUCUUUUACUCCUGAAGAUUAUGACGUCUCCUUUGGGAGUGGAGUAUUAACAGUGAAAUUGGGUGUAAACAAGGGAACCUAUGUGAUCAACAAACAGACACCAAACAAACAAAUAUGGCUCUCUUCUCCAACCAGUGGCCCAAAACGUUACGACUGGACUGGGAAAAAAUGGGUUUAUUCUCAUGAUGGCGUCUCUCUUCAUGAACUACUGGCAAAGGAACUUUCAGCUGCAUUAGGAACCAAACUGGACUUAACAAAUUUAGCAUGUGCUGGAAGAGAACAUACUUCAUAAUGUAUAUUUAUCUUAAGAAAUUCAAGGGCUUCAGAGUUUGACUCAUGAUCUUCUCUCUCUCCCCUCACAUUUUUUGGAUGUGUUAAAUUUCUUCAAUUAUUUUUGGUAUAUAUAGUUAAUUUUAUUGUGUACAAAUGUGAAAAUAAUAUUUUGGCUUAGCUUUACAUUCCUCGUGUUUAUGUUGCAGAGACAGCUAUUGCCUCUAACCUCUUAACCAGAGCUAACGAUGGCAGCGGGAACUACUAAUGAAAACCACUAUUGUAUCAUACUGUCUUUUGUUGAACGGCAGCAUAUGCACACACACCCUGUCGCUCUGUAAUAGGGUGAACUUUAACUAGAGAUUUAACUUGGAUAGUUGUUACUAGGUUCAAUUUUUAAGUAAGUCAUUUGGAAGGAAACCAUUUCUACAAGGUGGCAAUCUAUGUGUAAGGAUGUGAUGCUUGCAUUAGGCUUGUUAGCCAGUGGGAGUGGAUAUGAGGUCUUUUGCAGUGAAAUAAGAGUGGCUGAUAAAACAGUAGAAAUAUACCAUGGAAUUAGUGUAUUGAAACAGGAGACCUGGUAUAUUACAUUAUGCUCCACCAUGUGGGAUGACACCAUAUACAAUAACAUCUAAGUGGCCUCCACAUGGACUUUCCAAUAAUUCUCUUAAAUUUAAUUUGAUUAACAGGGAUACUUUCUUUUUAAUCAGGCACUGAUUGAAACAUAGCACCCCCUAUUUUACAUAUAGAACUGGAAAAACUUACUGUUACUCUUGAAAUAAGGAGAAUUGGGGAUUACUAGAUUAAGAAUGUACCACUUGAAAGAAUGCCAGGAUUAGUAGCUGAUGAUUAGUGCAAUAUUUUGGGUGGGUUUGCAUGUUACACUAACCACCCUGUGAAUAAGCCACUGCACAUUGGAUACUCAGAACAACCCACAGUGCAUUUGAUGGACAACUGGGCUCAACAUAGGUUGUUCUCCACUUCCGUGCUCCAAUUGCUACCCCUUUUUGUUUGCUGCUGUUCUUUAAUUUUAUUUUUUAAGCCUGAAAAUAAGCAAUUGGGGUCAUAUCUCUUUUGACCCCCAAAAUUUUUACAGUUCCAUGUGUAUGUAUAUAUUGUUGGUCUUUUGGAGGUACAUGAAUAUGCAUGUACGGUUGUCUAGUAUUUGUAAUCUUGCCUGAUGUUCUUACAUUGUCAAAGCCAGUGAAGUGCACUUGGUAACCCAAAUGGACUUUGGAAUGGUGACAGUUGCUCCAAAUUGCUGCUUGGGCACUGGUGGAGUGGCUGCCAUUGGCAGUGGCAUAAGUGACGUUGUAACAAGCAGAAAAGAGGGCUUGCGGCUGUUGCCAAGUGGCGUACUAGUCACUGCCUCAACCUGCAAUGCAUCUGUGUUAGACGACCUGAUACUCCAUUGCGCAUCAAACAACACCUAUCAGGGUAGCUUCUUGCCCCAGAAUAAGCCACCCUGCUGUGUGCAGUCUGGGUUCAGACAACAGGACAAAGCACCUUUGUCCACUACAGACCACUGUAUGAUCUUGAUCUCAGUGCACAGUUAAAUUUUAGGAUGCUUAAAAUACAUAUUUGUCUUGUUUAACUGACAAAGCAUUCAUUGUCAGGAACAGUUUUUCAAGGAGUUGCAGUGCCUUGGGUAGGACAGGCAUCGUUUGGAGUAAUCAAAAGUUCUUUUGAUAAUACAAAGUCACCACUGGAUGCAGCCCACUGCCUAAUCAGUGGGUUGCAUCAAGUGGUGACUUUGCAUUAACACAGAGAGUAAGUUCUUACCCUGAAACUUACUAUAACUGAAGAAUGACUGCAAUUUAGAAACUGAAAGAAAUGAUAGUUACCCUGUAACCCACAAGGCCUUGGGAUGGCUGCCCUUGAUAAUAUCUGGCUUUCCCCAGUUACACUCUUAGCCUUGGUGUCCUUCUGAAAGCAUCACCAUGACAAGUAUUCCAAACCACAGAAGUAUCAAGGAAAGCAAAACAAUCCUGUCUUUCAAAAUACCUGCAACAUUUUUCUCAGAACAUCUAACUUGCUGUUGCAGUCUCAUCAUUCUUGAAUUAUAAUUCCCUCCAAGACUAAACAGCUGUUAGCAAGGCAUGAAAUAAUGCCUAUCCCACAAUGAGUAAAUAUGAAAUCCUACAGUGGGUACUCCUGGCAGUUGAGGGAAUCUCUGGAAUAAUUGGGCUAUGAUGCAGUGGGUAUGGGAGACAGGUGAAAAUCAGAUACCACUUUCUGUGAGAGUGGAAGUGUACAUCCUCAUGCAUUGGAUGCAGACUUAGACUGAGCAGAAGCACAGGACAAAGCGAGCAGUGUGGCUCUUUUCUCCCAACUGCAACCUUUCAUGCCACUUCCUACUUUUUUCCAGAUGGUUGGGUGACCUUUCAUAACAGUGUGGGAAAUUAUGCUGGAAGUUGCAAGGGGAGUCAUCCAGCUCCCUUCUACCCACAGGAAGCCUCUGCUAGAUCCCAGCUUCUUCCUCAAAUGGAGGAAACCUUUCCAUUUAUGGAGCGGCAAGUCUGGAUCCAGUCAGUUUUGCUUUAAAUAAGUUCCUGAACAAUGAAUGUUUUGUUAAUCAGGACAAAUAUAUCAUUUAAACAUCCUACAAAAGUGUUGCAGGAAUUUGACACAAAGUCCCUUUCUCAGUAAUUUUGUAAAGCAUCCUCUUGCUGAAACAAAAUAUAAUACAAUCUGCCUUAGCAGGAUCUUUUUCACUCUGUGUUUACAUCAGUUCAUUUCAUCUCUUGCAAUCUUUUUUAAAGUCUUUGCUAAGGUUCUAAACACGUCCAUACUUGUUUGAUAUUUAAACUUCCCUUUGCACAGAGCAAAGUUCAACAACAGAGUAAAGUUUAUUUGCCCAACACAAAGUUAUUGUGAAGCAUACUAUUUAGUAAUAAUGUGAUAUGAAUAGCAGAGAUGAUACACUUGCUAUUAUUUCUUUGUCCUAUAAAUGAUACAGUACAUUUUUACUUAAGAACAUCAGUCUUGAUGUUGUGCAAAUAGUUUUGCAAUCUGUCAAAGAUUUAAAAAACUAUACUUACAGCUUCAGAAACAGAUUAGGAUAGCUUGGAACAGCAUUGGCAGAUCUCAGCAGUAACUGCCUUUAGUCUGAAUAUCAACAGAAAUUUCAAGUUUAUUUUCAAUACUAUUGGUUCUUGUUGUGUCUGCCCAGUUCCUCUCAAAAUUGUUGAUCCUCUAGCAGGAAUAAAAGCGGAAUGCAACCCUUCCCCUGCCUCCCCACAAAGUCUAGCUACUUUAGUUGAGCAUCAGUUUCAAAAACUAAAAAUACUUAUCUGCAUUGUUCAUGAUCCCAAAUCCUAGUCUGAUUUCUUGAGACAUAUAAAUAUGGUAGUGUCAUUAAGUAGUAUGUAUAGUCUCUUCACAUCCUAUGUUCCAACAAGAAACACAUUCUUUGUGUGGUCACUAAUUGUAGCUCUCCAUGGACAAGAGGAGGGUAGAGGAGGCUUUGGGGAAUCUCAAGGUUUGUAGAAAUAUGUUUAAAAAUCUAGAAAAAGUA